GAGGUGGCGGCGCUGAUUGCUGGCAACGAGAGGUUGGAGGUGCUGGCUGUGUGGGGCAACAGCGGGGAGGAGGUGUCGGGGGCGCUAGGCGGCAGCAGCAGCAGCAGCAGCAGUACCGGAGGAAGCAGCAGCAGCAGCGGCAUUCUGCAGUUCACGACCCGUGGGUCAGUGCUGCACGGCAUCAACGCGGAGGAGCUCAAUGCGGAGCUGCUGCGUCGCGCCAAUGCGAGUGGGCUGCUGCUGCUGGCGGGCGUUACGUCGCCAGGACACGUCAGUGCGGUGACCAACACCCAGUCGAGGGACAGGGUGGUGUCCCUGCUGCUCCCCCUGGCCAGCCGGCGUGAGGAGGCGCGGCAGCAGGCGGCGGCGCUGCUGGCGGCGGCGGACCCGCUGCUGCGCCGCGCCUACGCGCACGUGCACAACUGCAAGUGCGAUGUGGCGGGGGCGGUGCAGGCGCUGGUGCGGGGAUGAUGGUGAGGAAGCAUGGAAGCGCUCACGUACGUACUGCGGCUCGGGUGGAUGGGGUUUCCUCGCUUGACUAUUAAUGGAGGUUACUGUAUUGGGGGUUUCUGGGGGAGUGUGAUGGAGCGCCCUGUUGGGCAAUGGCGGCAUCGCUCAGGGGCCGGGUUGUACCAGUACGGUAAGGUUGGCUUACUUGGAACGGCUGCUGGGUCGCCAUGCAUGGCUGGCCGUGAUGCGGUAUGGCGGGCUACCUCCGGAGUCACCAGCUGGGGUUGUUAAGAAAGGAGAGACGUUACGUUGACAAGCUGGUGGCGGCGUGUGUUCGCGCCGCUGUGCUUUCCCGGAGGCGAUUGAGCUCUAUCUGCGGCUGGCGUGUUCCCUCCCACGUCCUCGCGUACCGUGGCGAUAGUGUUGAAG